CGUACAACAUGCGAAAACAAAGCAAAAAAAUAUUUUUGAAUUUUUAAUGCCAAAUUAAUUUAGUGUAGACUGUAUUUACUACUGAUGCAAAUGGAUUCGAAUGCGCUUGAAGCUCGCCUGCAGCAGCAGCUGAUAGAGACUGUGAAAAAAAUAUGUGUACCAGGGAAAGGUAUUCUUGCUGCUGAUGAAAGUAGCGGGACCAUUGCAAAGCGUCUUGCCUCAAUCAAUGUAGAAAACACGGAGGAAAACCGUCGUGCCUACCGUGAGAUGCUAUUUUGUGCACCAGGUCUCGAGGAGUGUAUUUCUGGUGUCAUCAUGUACGACGAGACAUUGAUGAAACACGGUAGGAAAGAUGGCACCUCUUUUGUAGAAUAUAUGAAUUCUCGAGGAAUCGUUCCAGGUAUCAAGGUAGACAAGGGUGUCAAAGUCUUGACAGGAACCAACGGAGAAACAACCACUCAAGGCCAUGAUGACCUAGACACUCGAUGUGCUGCCUACUUCUCUAGGGGUGCACGAUUUGCAAAAUGGCGUGCAGUAAUCAAGAUCGGUCCUAAUGAACCAUCACAAUUGGCGAUUGAUGAGAAUGCUCGUGGCCUGGCCCGCUAUGCCUCCAUCUGUCAGGCAAACGGUCUUGUGCCAAUAGUAGAGCCAGAAAUUCUUAUGGACGGAAAACAUUCUAUUAAGACUUGUGCUGAUGUCUCUGAGCGUGUGUUCUCUGCUACCUACAAAGCGCUCAUGGAUCAUCACGUCUUUUUAGAAGGAACUUUGCUCAAGCCUAACAUGGUGGUUCCUGGUGCUGACAGUGGGGCCAAAGCAACUCCAAACGAAGUUGCCUCGUAUACUAUUCGUACACUUCAGCGUACUGUUCCUGUAGCCGUGCCUGGCAUCGUAUUCCUGUCUGGAGGCCAAGCCGAAGAAGAGGCAACUUGUAAUCUUUCUGCCAUGAAUGCCUUAAGAACCACGAAGCCCUGGUUCAUUAGCUUCUCUUUUGCUCGUGCACUUCAAGCUUCUGCUCUGAAAGCAUGGGGUGGUCAGGAAAGUAAUGUUGAUGCUGGUCGUCAAGCUCUUAUGUCUCGUGCCAAGGCCAACAGCCAAGCACAGCUCGGGACUUACAAGGGUAGCUCCUCAGGAGAUGCAAGUAGCAAUGUAUCUCUCUUUGAGAAGGACUACAGAUACUAAUUUGUUUUUUUAAUAAAGUAGUCUUGGUCAAAUUUGAUUAGAA